UCGCAAUACGCCCACCGUGUCCACCUGGCCCUCGAUGAAGUGAAGGCAGAAUAUGUCACCCACAACAUCGACCUCCAGGCCAAACCUGCCUGGUUCCUGGAGAAGAUAAACCCAGAAGGCACAAUUCCUGCGCUUUCAUACGGUCCGAAGUGCGCGCCCGACGAUCCGUCCCCGGAAGCGGCGGCGAUCCCUGAGUCGCUCGUCAUCCUCGAGUUCCUCGCCGACCUCUUCCCUAACGGCGGGAUCCUCCCACCCAACGAUCCCGUCGCGCGGGCGCGAGCGCGGCUCCUCGUCGCCCACUUCGAGAGCGUCUUCACCGUCGCAUUCAAGAGCGCGUUCUACGAGGGCAAGUCUCCGCAGCUGGUUCUAGAUGCCCUUCUGGAGUUCCAGGCGCGCCUUCCGAAGGAUGGCUUUGCGCUGGGUGCAUGGGGAAUGGUAGAGAUGUCGGCCGCGCCGUUUCUGGUGCGCACCUGGAUGUUGCUCGAACACGACUUCGGG